AUGGCGGGUGAUCACGGAAAGCGCCCAGCAGAGAGCCAGGCUCCCAGUUCACGUCGACCAUUCCCAUGUGAUGAAUGCUCAAAAACAUUCACCAGAAAUGUAAGUCAUCAUCGUGCCCUGGGCCAUGAUUUCGAAUGCGAUGGCUGUCAUGCGGCUUUACUAGAAGCUCCUAGUGACGUAUUAAGAAGGCACCGGGGUCGUUGCCAGGCAGAAGCAUCUACUCAUCAUGUAUCUCCGCCGCAAACAAGUCUGCAGCAAAGAUGCCAACCAGUUGUUGACACUCCCCCGCAUGUAGCUGCAACCGAUAUCUUGACUCCGACCGAGGCGCUGACCGCAAAUGCUAUACCUCAUGAUGACUUCUGGGAGCAACAUAGCUCCUUUGGUACCAGUCUUCCUCGAGAAUACUUAAUGCCCUCGUCAAUGGGCAACUAUGACGUGGAAGUGAAUGUCAAGAACUACUUUGAGCAUUUUAAUCCGUCUCUGCCAUUGUUGCAUCGGCCUACAUUUACAGUAUCAUCGGCACCAAAGCUAUUGCUCAAAGCGGUGACUGUGAUAGGCAGCUUAUGCUCGACAGUUGUAUACAACGAUGAAGAAGCCCAAGCACGUGUGCACUGGCGUCGGGAUACGUGGCAAAGUGGACAACAGGAACUUCGAAAUAUGAUUUCCAAUGAAUGCGGUAAUAUACGAAAACCCUGGGUGGUGCAAGGCUGGAUACUUCACAUGAUAUAUGGGGCUGUACGCGAGGUCGGUCUUUCUCAUCAAGAAAUUGUCAUGCCAGAGUCACGGUCCUGGCUGUAUGACAUCGACUAUCCGCGCACAGAGCAACCGCAAACCGUGUAUACUCGAUGGACCUCUUAUAUAACUGCAGAGUCCACGCGAAUAGCGCUCUACACGCUGCUCUUCCUCGACUCACACAUUUUUGUGCCCUGCAAUUCCCGGCCGUUGAUGUCUUCAAUGGAGCUGCGAUGGGAGCUUCCUUUCCCAGCCAAACUCUGGGAGGCUAAAGACCCUGAAAUUUGGAUUCGGAGAUUCAGCGGAUAUUUCGGUGUCUCUGCUUUGACGUUUACCAACGAUCUACUCCAUCAGCCCCGCGGAUUAGCAGCAGCUUCCCUGACAAUGGCGACGCAGCAACUCAUGACUGAAGCUCCGGGAACCGAGUUAACCUCUGUCCUUGAAGCAUCUCCGAUCGCAGCAUUCUACGUGCUGGCGAAUCUAGAUACUUUGGUGAGAGACUUCACACGGUGCUACUACCAGAUGCCACCCAGCUAUUCUGACCCGAACCCCUUCCACAUCCUGACUCAAAGUCAAACCGAGAGUGUUCAUAUGGCCAUACGUAACAUUGGGAAAAUUGUGAAAGACGCGGCUAGCACGAGUGACAGUCCCCAAUUCCUUCAAUGGAGAACAAACGAGCUCUUUAUUGUAUCCCUUCAAGUCAAUUUGUGUCGGCCUGAUCAGCUACUGAUCGGAGGAAUCGUUGAUAAUAGCUUGAUUGCCGGCCUGGCUGCCUCAACCCAUCUGAUGCGAGGUAACUUCGUCGCGGUUCGACGAUCCGCACCUUGGGUGGCACCUCGACUUGGCGGCAAUGAAGGUGUGCUAUCCUUACUCAGUGAGCUUUCUGCUGCACUCGCCAGCAUAUACGGCGACGACCCGCAAAGGGUUUCUUACGAAGCACCGUGGGUCACAGUUACCAGCUACGGAAUCCUUCUGUGUAUUUGGGGAGCGCUCAGGCGUGCAACAACCGAGAUCCGUGACCACUUGAAUACAUUCAACGAACUCCCACGGACAUCCGAGCCAUGUAUGCUGAUCUUCAACGCACUCAUGGAAGCCGCCUUGCGGUACUCCCCAGCCACUAGACAAGAUCGGAGGGUUCGCGAUCCACGCUUGUGGUCUAUGGACCGGGAUACCGUUUCUACUCUGCUAGAGGAAGGGCAGGUGUUAUUUGCAGACAUGGUCAAGUCCUUCUGUCAGCAGCGACUUGUGUGGAGUAUUGGGCCGUCUAUGUUAGCUGUACUGAGAGAACUUCCCGACGACGCUACCUCAUAG